AUGCGGAGGACUGCAGAGCAGACCUCGGUUCCUGCCUGGGCUGCAUUGGCUUUUUCCUCAAGUCCUGGUGUCAGACGGGCAACGAUCGCCUCUGCCUUCGCACACUCCGCGGGCAUAGUCAUGCAGUGCUCUCGGCUGCCUAUGCUCCUGACGGUGAUGCCGUGCUAA